AUGCGCUCACUAGGCGAUAUUCGGCUCGUAGAGCGCCUUGUGCAGCCGCAUCUGCGAAAGCAGCGCUUUUCUACACUCAUCGAAGCAACAUACCAACGCUUAACCCCGCGUGAGCAUGUGCUUAAACGGCCAGAGGUCUACCUUGGACCGGUCGAGAGAAUCGAGCGCCGCCUGUGGAGCAUUCCUGCAACUUCUGCAACUGUCGAGCAAGUCAUCCAUGAAGGACGCAUCACCCUCCGCCAAGUGCAUUAUUCGCCUGCACUGUACAAAAUCUUCGACGAGAUUCUUGUGAACGCCAUAGACAACGCCCGCCGUGAUCCCCACACCGAUGCCAUCGAUAUUUGGCUGCCUCUAGAAGACUCCGCAUCGACUUCGAAGCGAACACUGCGUAUCCGGAAUACGGGACGAGGUAUUCCGGUUGCCAUGCACCCACGGGAACACUUGUACGUACCAGAGCUGAUCUUUGGACACCUGCUCACCGGCUCGAACUUUGAUGACACGGAUGCUUCGGUGCGUCUGACGGGAGGUCGUCACGGCUACGGAGCCAAGCUGACCAACAUCAUGUCCAAGCGAUUCGCUGUAGAGACCAUCGACGAGCAGCGGUGUCUGCGAUACCGCCAGGUUUGGCAAAACAAUAUGAGCACGUGUUCCGCACCAGAAAUCGAAGCUGUUUCACCAGCGAUUGCCCAGCAUCCGUAUACUGAGAUCGAGUUCGAACCCGACCUGGAACGCUUCGGUCUCGACCGCUGUGGCGAUCGAGACACGCUCAUGCUCAUGGCGAGACGGGCCUUCGAUGCUGCUGGCAUCCUGCCUAACGUUCGGGUUCGCUUGAAUGGUACUCCACUUGCCCUGAAUGGAUUCGCUGAGUACGUACAGCGGCACGGGACGGAUGCAGAGCCGUCGAUCAUUCUCCAACCAAACGCUCACUGGGAAAUCGGUCUGCGGGCACUCACUCAGGCGGAGCAGGCAGCACCGAUGGUGUCCUUCGUGAACGGAAUCGCCACGUUCCAAGGCGGCAGUCACGUGCAGUGUAUUCAGGAGCUGCUCUGCCGUCGCAUCGCAGACCGGAUAGCUGCUCGUUACAAGUCGCUUCGCUGUGUGCUGACUCCGUCUCUGGUUCGAUCCCAGCUCUUGCUCUUCGUGAACUGCCUCGUGAACCGACCAGCUUUUGAAUCGCAAAGUAAGGAAAUGCUCACGAGCCGCCAACGAGACCUACUUGCCACACUGCCGGAGCAGUUUCCAACGGAAAACGAAUUGAACGACGCGCUUGAACAGACGAAACUUAUGGAGCGCAUCCUCGCCGCUGCUGAGGAACGGCUAGCUGCAGAGGUACGUGGCUCCCGCCCAGUAUCAGCACUGGUUGCUUCGGCAUCACGAGGCACCGGAGCACUCCGUCGCCUUGCCAUUCCGAAACUGGAAGACGCGAACGCCGCGGGUGGUCCCGACUCCUCACGCUGUACCCUGAUCCUUACGGAAGGCGACUCGGCGAAGGCGCUCGCUAUGGCCGGUCUCAGCGUCGUUGGACGAGACUACUAUGGUGUCUUCCCGUUGAGGGGUAAGCUCCUGAAUGUGCGGGACUGUCAUCCGAGACAACUAGCUCAAAAUGAGGAAGUUAAUAACUUGCGCAUCAUUCUAGGAUUGGAGUUUGAUCGAGACUACUCGACCCCUGAAUCCCGCAAGGCCCUACGCUACGGACACGUGAUGCUCAUGACCGACCAAGACCACGACGGAAGCCAUAUCAAGGGUCUCAUUAUGAACUUGUUCGACUUUUUUUGGCCCAGUCUACUCGAAGGCGGCGAUUUUUUAGAGGCAUUCAUGACACCGAUCGUCAAGGCCGCUGCCAAACACGGUGGCGCAGUCCAGAGUUUUUUCACGAUCACCGCAUUUCGUGAGUGGUGGGAGCAGCUUCCCGCCUCGCAACGGCAUCACCAUUGGCUGAUCAAAUACUACAAGGGUUUGGGCACGUCGACCAGUGCCGAGGGCAAGGCCUAUUUCCGGGAUCUCGAGCGUCAUCGCAUCCGCUUCGCUCCAGUUGCUCCCGGUGACCGCCAUCAACUCGACUUGGCAUUCAACCGAUCACGGGCGGAAGAACGCAAGCGCUGGCUUGCCGAGCUCGACACGGCAACGCCACGUGACGCUGGAGACGCACCCCUUGAGACGAACGCAUCAUCAGACGCAGGCGUAUCGCUGGCGACUUUUGUCAACCGGGAACUGGCGCUCUAUUCCUAUGCCAAUAACGUGCGUAGCAUUCCGUCAGCGAUCGAUGGCUUGAAGCCGGCGCAGCGCAAGGUACUCUACGCGUGCUUGAAAAGGGGCCUCGUGCGUGACAUGAAAGUUGCCCAACUUGCGGGCUACGUAGCCGAGCAGACUGCCUACCACCAUGGUGAAGAGUCGCUGCACAGCACCAUUGUGCGUAUGGCUCAGGAUUUCUGCGGAGCGAACAACCUUCCCCUGCUGCAGCCGCUCGGGCAGUUUGGCACUCGUCUGCUCGGUGGCAAGGAUGCCGCCUCCGCCCGAUAUAUCUACACUUGCUUGUCGCCAGUGACACGCAAGAUUUUUCCCGCUUCGGACGAUCCGCUCUUGACAUACUGCGAAGACGACGGCCAGCAGAUCGAGCCCGAGUACUUUGUGCCAAUCAUUCCAAUGGCACUCGUGAACGGCAUCGACGGGGUCGGUACCGGCUGGUCGACGACGCUACCCCCCUUUCACCCGCUGGAUAUCAUCCACAAUGUUCGGUGUCUGCUGCAAGGGAGAUCACCAAAGCCGCUGAAACCGUGGUAUCGACGUUUCCGUGGCCAAAUCAUUGCCCAGAGUGAGCUCGUAUUCGUGAGCCGUGGGUGCGUCGAACGUUUGUCCAGCACGACCUUCCGUGUUCGUGAGCUCCCAAUAGGACGCUGGACUGAAUCGUACAAGGCGUUUCUCCAUGAACUCACGGAAGCGGGUGUUCUCAAAGGAUUCCGCGAGUACCACACCGACGAGAACAUAUGUUUCGAGUUGGUCAUGACGCGUGCGAACGCCCAGCGCCUCGAAGAACGCGGUGAGGGUCUCUGGCGACACUUGCGCCUCGAGAGCACCAUAUCCUGCACCAAUAUGCAUCUGUUUGAUGCCAGAGGCCGCAUUCGUAAGUAUGAAACCCCACUGUCAAUCUUGGAAGAUUUCAUGAUAGAGCGAGAGCGUUUAUACCAGAAGAGACUCGAACGCGAAUGCCAGGAACUGGAGCGAAAAUUCGCCAGUGCACAGAAAAGGCUCGCAUUCGUGGAACUGGUGGUGAGCGGCAAGCUGGAGCUGUUUGGCCGCUCGCUAAACCAAGUCCAGCGAGAUAUGAUCUCGUUGGGCAUAUCACCCGACGAGGCUACGGGCUCUCUGGAGGCGCUUCUCGCCACACCAGUCCGCCUCCUGACUCGAGAGGAGGCCCAGCGGACACGCGACGAGACACGUCACUGGCGAGCGCGUUGGGAGGCGUCGCGCGCGGCAACGCCACGCAGUGUAUGGCAGGCGGAGCUCGCCGAACUUGAACGAACCGUCAGGAGUAUGCUCGCAAACGACAAGGCCAGCUCCGGUGCUGACAGGUCGCAUGUGAGCGAGCACAGCGCUGAGAGCUAG